GUUGUCAGAAUUCCCCCAGACGCAGCGGCUGCCGGGGAAGGGGAAUUGUGCGGCCCUAGGUCGCCUUUGCCCCGGUGGUGGUGGUGGGCUCCGGGUGGGCUCGCUCAGCCCCUGCUGCAAUGCAUCCGCGGCGCCCGGACGGAUUCGAUGGCCUGGGCUACCGGGGUGGUGGCCGGGACGAGCAGGGAUUUGGUGGCGCUUUCCCUGCCAGGUCCUUCACCUCCGGGUCGGACCUAGGCCACUGGGUGACUACUCCCCCAGACAUCCCCGGCAGCCGCAACCUGCACUGGGGAGAGAAAAGCCCGCCCUAYGGCGUGCCCUCCGCCUCCACCCCGCACGAGGGCCCCGCGGAGGAACCCUUUCCCGGCGGCUGCAGUACCAGCGUGCAGGGGCAAAGCACUGAACAGUUGAAUAGAUUCGCUGGAUUUGGUAUUGGACUUGCAAGUCUCUUUACAGAAAAUGUACUGGCCCAUCCUUGCAUUGUUCUACGCCGCCAAUGUCAGGUUAAUUACCAUGCUCGGCAUUAUCAUCUCACACCAUUUACAAUCAUCAACAUUAUGUACAGCUUCAAUAAAACUCAGGGACCAAGAGCCCUAUGGAAAGGAAUGGGAAGUACGUUUAUUGUACAGGGAGUCACACUUGGAGCAGAAGGCAUAAUUAGUGAAUUUACACCUUUGCCAAGGGAGAUUUCACAUAAAUGGAAUCCCAAACAAAUAGGUGAACACCUUCUACUGAAAUCCCUAACUUAUAUGGUGGCAAUGCCUUUUUAUUCAGCAAGUUUAAUUGAAACUGUACAGAGUGAGAUAAUUCGAGAUAACACUGGGAUUUUGGAAUGUGUAAAAGAAGGAAUUGGAAGAGUGAUAGGUUUGGGAGUGCCUCAUAGCAAACGACUCCUUCCACUUCUUUCCCUGGUCUUCCCUACGGUGCUGCAUGGAGUUCUUCAUUACAUCAUCAGCUCGAUCAUUCAGAAGUUUGUCCUGCUAAUUCUAAAGAGAAAGACUUACAAUAACCACUUAGCUGAGAGCACUAGCCCUGUGCAGAGUAUGUUGGAUGCUUAUUUUCCAGAACUUAUUGCUAAUUUUGCUGCCAGUCUUUGCUCUGACAUUAUACUUUACCCAUUGGAAACAGUUUUACACCGCCUUCACAUUCAAGGAACACGCACGAUAAUUGACAAUACAGACCUUGGCUACGAAGUACUUCCAAUUAAUACACAGUAUGAGGGAAUGAGAGACUGUAUCAAUACCAUAAAGCAGGAGGAAGGAAUGCUUGGCUUUUAUAAAGGGUUUGGUGCUGUUAUAAUACAGUACACACUGCAUGCAGCUGUCUUACAGAUUACCAAAAUUAUUUACUCAACACUUCUUCAAAAUAGCAUUUGAGAUUUAGGUUCUAUCACUGGUUAGUAUAAAAGACCCAAUCUGGAUAAUUUGCUAUGAAAUUAUGAAGGAUAAAAGUGAGAUACUGGGGGGAAAAUGGACUGGAAAAUGAAA